GACAAAAAACGGAGUUCUAGAAGCGUCUUCUAUCAUCUGAUAAAACCCAAAAUCCUGCAGCCUGCAGACACUCUAGGGUUUUAUCUUCUUCACUCUACUAAGCCACUAACCUCCUCCUCCUCCUCCUCCUCCUCCCACACUCGCCGCCCUCCAAAUUCAAUAGAAAUGGCAGCAGCCCAACUGACAGCAUCGUCGAUCUCGGCCAGGAGUUUGGCUUCGUUUGAAGGGCUCAGACCUUCAAACCUCAAGUUCGGGUCGCCGGCAGGAGUAUCACUUGUCAGCCACCGCUCCUUCCGCGGCCUCGCCGUCAAGGCCGCCACCACCGUCGCUCCCAAGUACACUUCAAUUAAGCCUUUGGGCGACAGAGUGCUUGUGAAGAUCAAAACAGUGGAAGAGAAAACCGGCGGUGGAAUUUUGCUUCCAACUACAGCGCAGACAAAGCCUCAAGGAGGUGAGGUUGUUGCUGUCGGAGAGGGUAAAACAAUUGGGAAGACAAAAGUGGGCAUCAGCGUCGAGACUGGUGCUGAAGUUGUAUAUUCCAAGUAUGCUGGGACAGAGGUGGAGUUCAAUGGUGCGAAGCAUCUUAUACUCAAGGAUGAUGACAUAAUCGGUAUUCUUGAAACAGAAGAUGUGAAGGAUCUCAAGCCUCUGAAUGAUAGAGUCCUAAUCAAGGUAGCUGAGGCCGAGGAAAAGACCUCGGGAGGUUUGUUGCUGACAGAGGCAAGCAAGGAGAAGCCCUCCAUUGGCACGGUGAUUGCUGUCGGACCCGGUACUGUUGACGAGGAAGGAAACAGGAAACCACUAUCCAUUUCGCAGGGAAGCACAGUUUUGUACUCCAAGUAUGCAGGAAAUGACUUCAAGGGCAAAGAUGGUUCGGAGUACAUAACUUUGAGAGCUUCAGAUGUCAUCGCCAUACUUUCUUAGUCGUCGAAUUAGAUGAGCUCAAGUUGUAUUUUUGAAAUAUCUGGCAGAGCUUCUUGAAAACAUUUCUGAAUCUGAUUACAUAGAUUUGAUGGCUUCCAACUCCCCUUUUCUGUACUUUUGAAUGUAAAAUGAUUGCGUUUGAAACAAUUUCGUUAGCAACUAUAUUUUCACAUAUGA